AUGGAUGAGCCACCGUCAGAAGUCUCUAGCCUCCCUCUGAGUCAGGAGACAUUUUCAGAAUUGUGGAAUUUACUCCCUUAUAGACUCAAUGACAGUGAUAAUCUGAAUCCUGAAGACUCCCAGGCGUUGGGUGAACUGGACUGGAUGCCCCAAGACCUCAUAGACUGUCUGGACAGCGGUCCAAAUGAAGCCUCCAAUAUGCCAGCAACUCCUGCACCAGCAGCUGCUGCCCCAGCGCCAGCCACCUCCUGGACCCCGUCAUCUUCUGUCCCUUCCCAUAAGACCUAUCCCGGUAGCUAUGGUUUCCGUUUAGGAUUCCUGAAUUCUGGGACAGCCAAGUCCGUAACCUGCACGUACUCCUCUACCCUCAACAAGCUGUUCUGCCAGAUGACAAAGACCUGCCCCGUGCAGCUGUGGGUCACCUCCCCACCCCCGCUCAGCAGCCGGGUCCGCGCCAUGGCCAUCUACAAGAAGUCGGAGCACGUGAUGGAGGUCGUGCGGCGCUGCCCCCACCAUGAGCGCUGCACUGAAUACAAUGACGAUCUGGCUCCUCCUCAUCACCUUAUUCGUGUGGAAGGGAAUUCGCGUGCGAAGUACCUGGAUGACAAAAUCCAUCUUCGACACAGCGUGGUGGUGCCCUACGAGCCGCCUGAGGUGGGCUCCGACUGUACCACCAUCCACUACAACUUUAUGUGCAACAGCUCCUGCAUGGGGGGCAUGAACCGGCGGCCCAUCCUCACCAUCAUCACACUGGAAGAUUCCGAUGGUAACCUGCUGGGACGAGACAGCUUUGAGGUGCGUAUCUGCGCCUGUCCUGGGAGAGACCGACGCACAGAGGAAGAGAAUUUCCGCAAGAAGGGGGAGUCUUCUCUCGAGCAGCCCCCUGGGAGUCCCAAGCAGCCCUCCAGGAGCACUAAGCGAGGUACACUGCCCAUCAACACGGUCUCCUCUCCCCCGCCGAAGAUGCCUGUGGACGGAGAAUAUUUCACCCUGCAGAUCCGUGGGCGCGAACGCUUCGAGAUGUUUCGACAAAUUAACGAAGCCUUAGAGCUGAAGGAUGCCCAGGCCGGAAAGGACCCGGGUGGAAGCAAGACUCACUCCAGCCACCUGAAAUCUAAAAAGGGGCCAUCCACCUCCCGCCAUAAAAAGAAGCUCAUGUUCAAGAGAGAGGGGCCUGACUCAGACUGA